AUGGCUUCCGAAACAGUAAACAACGUGGAACUUCUGUUCUCAUCUUACUCGGACGAAAAAGGCUAUGUUCAUAGUAAUGUUCUUAACGAAUUGGUGUGUGAAUUGGGCUACGCACCUUCCCUGAAAGAAAUGACAGACUUUAAGAAAAAGACUGGAGAUCAGUGUGAUUUGAGCUCAUUUAAGGAGUUUCUGAAGACGAUCGUACACCCAGAAGAUACACACGCAAACCUAACGGAACUCUUCAGAUUCUAUGACCCAAAUAACACAGGAAGAAUUAGUAAGAAGCAGCUGGAGAGACUCUUAACAAACGUAGGAGAGUAUUUAUCCGAAAAGGAACUGGAAAGAUUUUUUAGUGUUUUGUGCAACGAGGACGAUGAAGUGGAUUAUGAAGACCUAGUUAACAAGUAUUAUAAACUUUAA